CCCUGCCAUGGCAAUCUGUAGCAGUAGCACUUGUCCUCCUGUUACCCCCGCGUUUGAUGCAUUUGGAGUCACCAAGCAACACCUUCGCGCAGGGAUGGCGCUCUAACACCGCGGACGCUGCUGCUGCUGCUGCUGUUGUUGCCUUUACCCGGGUUAUGACGCGGAGACGCAUGCAGUCUGCUGUCUGCUCUCGCAUCACGGUCCAGCUUUGCCUCGACAAGCACACGGCGUAACAUCCCUCCUCUCAGCCCACUGGAGAUCUGACAUCACCCCGCAUCCCUAAUGCACACAUAAGGGGACGAACUCGUGGCCGGAGCAUCUCUCUAAGGGCGUGGCACCUUUUUGGAUAUUGACGCACGAAAUGUGUGACCGAAGGGUUGGAAGCUAAUAAGGCGUAAACAGGACUGUUAUUUUUCCUCCAGCUGACAAGUCUCCAUGUAUACAGUGGUAAGUCUUAUUUCUGACCUGGCGGGGGAGCCAGAUGCUAUUGAUUUCACAUUGCCUUUAUUUGCCUCAUUUUUUUUGUAUUGUUAUGGAUCAUAAGAGCUUUCUGAGUCGAGUUAAGGAGCGUCCUCGUACCUAACAUGCGCCCACAUUGCGCACUUUGACCUGCGAUGGUGAGAAAUUAUGGGAUUUUUUUGAAGCGUGGGUUUUUUUUUUCCGGUGUUGUGAUCCUGUAUGGAGUCAAGACAAGCAUUGUUCUCCUUUUUUUCCUUAUCCCGGCUUUCUUUUGUCUCACAGAGCUCCAGUUCAGGGAACCCUUCCCUGCACGGAUCCAUGUCUUCCUCGGCGGAUUUUUCAGACGAGGAUGAUUACAGUGUUAAAUCAGGCUCGGCAUCUCCGGCACCCGGGGACACUUUACCCUGGAACCUGCCCAGACAUGAGAGGUCCAAGAGGAAGAUCCAGGGAGGAUCCGUGCUGGAUCCGGCAGAGAGAGCGGUGCUCAGGAUCGCAGAUGAAAGAGACAGAGUGCAGAAAAAGACGUUUACAAAAUGGAUAAACCAGCAUCUGGUGAAGGUACGAAAACAUAUCAAUGACCUGUACGAAGACCUACGAGAUGGACAUAACCUGAUCUCACUGCUGGAGGUUCUGUCUGGAGACACAUUGCCAAGGGAGCGUGAUUUUCUGAAGACAUUGCGGUUGCCUCGGGAGAGAGGGAGGAUGCGCUUUCACAGACUGCAGAAUGUACAGAUAGCACUGGAUUUUCUCAAGAGGCGGCAGGUCAAACUUGUAAAUAUCAGGAACGACGACAUCACAGAUGGAAACCCAAAACUGACCCUGGGAUUGAUCUGGACCAUAAUUCUGCACUUUCAGAUCUCGGAGAUCCAUGUGACAGGGGGGUCCGAGGACAUGACAGCCAAGGAAAGGCUGCUGCUCUGGUCCAAGCAGAUAACAGAGGGCUAUGUGGGAGUACGGUGUGACAACUUCACCACCUCCUGGAGGGAUGGGAGGCUUUUUAACGCCAUCAUUCAUAAAUACAGGCCCGACAUGAUAGACAUGAGCCGCAUGUCGGCACAGACCAACAGAUCAAAUCUAGAGCAUGCCUUUGGGGUAGCUGAACAGCUGGGGGUGGCAAGACUGCUGGACCCUGAGGACGUAGACGUUCAGUCUCCCGAUGAGAAAUCGGUCAUCACAUACGUCUCCACACUGUACGACGCCUUCCCCAAGGCACCUGAUGGCGUUGAUGGAAUCAGUCCUCAUGAUGUCGAUAUCAAAUGGGUGGAGUACCAGAACAUGAUCAAAUACCUCAGCCAGUGGAUCAAACACAAUGUGGCCAUGAUGUCAGAUAGAUCAUUCCCAAACAACCCUGUGGAACUCAAGGCACUUUAUACACAGUAUCUGCAGUUUAAAGAAAAUGAAAUCCCGCUGAAGGAGAACGAGAAGACAAAAAUCCAGGAUCUCUACAAAAUGCUUGAGAUGUGGAUCGAGUUUGGACGUAUUCAGUUACCCCAGGGUCAUCAUCCAAACGAUGUGGAAAAGGAAUGGGGGAAAUUGAUUGUUGCCAUGUUGGAAAGAGAGAAGAGCCUGAGGCCUGAGGUUGAAAGGCUGGAAAUGUUGCAGCAGAUUGCCAACAGGGUCCAACGUGACUGUGUUCAUGGAGAGGACAAGCUGGCGUUGGCAAGAACCGCCCUGCAGUCUGAUGCAAAACGUCUCGAGUCUGGUAUCCAGUUUCUUAAUGAAGCAGAGAUUGCCGGCUACCUUUUGGAGUGUGAAAACAUCCUCAGACAACAAGUGGUUGACAUCCAGAUUCUUCUGGAUGGGAAGUUCCCCUUUGCAGACCAGCUUGUCCAAAGGGUAUCAAAACUCCGGGAUGACCUGCUGUCUCUGAGAGCCGAGUGCUCGUCUGUGUACAGCCAUGGCCGCACGCUGACAACAGAACAAACCAAAAUGAUGAUCUCCGGCAUCACACAAAGCCUGAACUCUGGUUUCUCGCAGAACAUCAACUCAAGCUUGACACCAUCCUUUUCUCCUGCACUCACUCCAGGGGGGUUAGGUACCCCUGGAUCCACGUUCACCUCUAGCCUUACACCGUGCCUCACCCCGUCCUUGACACCUGCCUUGACCCCCGGCAUGCAGCCUUCUUCAGUCCAGAGCUACAUGGGGAGUGGUGGCGGCAUGGACCCGAGCAGCCUCAGGCAUUUGAAACACAUGCAGAUCCGCAAGCCCUUACUGAAAUCCUCGCUGGCGGAUUCCAACAUGACAGAAGAGGAGGUCAACAUGAAAUUUGUUCAGGACCUCCUAAACUGGGUGGAAGAGAUACAGAUGACACUUGAUCGUUCAGAGUGGGGAUCAGAUUUGCCGAGUGUGGAAACACAUUUGGACAGCCACAAAAGUGUGCACAGAGCCAUCGAAGAAUUUCAGAUGAGUCUUAAAGAUGCCAAACUGAGUGAGAUUCAGAUGAACAUGCCCCUGAAACUAGCCUAUUCAGACAAACUGAACAACCUGGAGAUGCAGUAUGAGAGGCUGUUGAUCUGUUCGAGAGAGCGUCAAAGCCACCUGGAGAGCCUGCAUGACUUUGUGUCACAGGCGACUCAGGAGCUCAUCUGGCUGAAUGAGAAGGAGGAGGAGGAGGUUGCCUUCGACUGGAGUGAUCGCAACAACGGCAUCUCGAAGAAAAGAGACUACCAUGCUGACCUGAUGAGGGAGCUGGAUGAAAAGGAGGAAGUGAUCAAGUCUGUGCAGGACAGGGCAGAACGCCUUUUGAUCAAGAACCACCCCGCCAGGCUCACUAUUGAAGCAUACAGAGCUGCCAUGCAGACACAGUGGAGCUGGAUUUUACAGCUCUGCUCAUGCGUCGAGCAACACCUCAAGGAGAAUGCUGUUUAUUUUGAGUAUUUCAGUGAUGCCAAAGACUCCAUGGACUACCUUAGGAACCUGCAAGAUGCCAUUCAAAGAAAAUACACCUGCGAUCGAACGAGCAGUCUACACAGACUGGAGGACCUCCUUCAGGAGUCAAUGGAGGAGAAAGAGCAGCUUCUUCAGUACCGCAGCACUGUAGCUGGAUUAGUGGGCAGGGCCAAGAAUAUCGUGCAGCUGAAACCCAGGAACCCUGACAGCCCUGUGAGAUCCUCCAUCCCUGUUAAAGCCAUCUGUGAUUACCGACAGAUAGAGAUCACCAUUUAUAAGGACGAUGAGUGCGUGUUGGCCAAUAACUCACACCGGGCAAAGUGGAAGGUCAUCAAUCUAGCCGGGAACGAAGCCAUGGUGCCCUCUGUCUGCUUCACUGUGCCUCCACCAAACAAAGAGGCUGUUGAUAUGGCAACAAGAACUGAACAGUUAUACCAGAAUGUCCUGGCACUGUGGCACCACUCCCACAUCAACAUGAAGAGUGUGGUGUCGUGGCAUUAUCUCAUGGCUGAUAUACGAGCCAUCCGCAACUGGAAUGUGUCCUCGAUAAAGACCAUGUUGCCAGGCGAGCAUCAGCAGGUCUUGAGCAACCUGCAGUCGCACUUUGACGAGUACCUGGAGGACAGCGAGGAGUCCGAGGUCUUCACGGUUGCGGACUGCGCCCAGCUAGAGAGAGACGUGCUGGCCUGCAAGGAGUACUACCAGGAACUGCUCAGAUCUGCAGAAAGAGAGGAACACGAGGAGUCUGUGUACAACCAUUACAUCUCAGAAAUACGCAACUUCCGCAUGCAUCUGGAGGCUCAUGAAGAACACCUGAUCAGGCAGCUCCGUACGCCUCUGGAGAGAGACGACCUGGACCAGAGCCUGCAGCGCAUCACUGAACACGAGAAUAAGACAUCAGAGCUGGAUAAAUUGAGAGGGGACCUUGACGUCAUGAAGGAGAAGUGUGAGGUGUUCCUCAGACAGGCUGCAGGUUCUCCUUCAGUGCCGAAGCUUUCCUCUGAACUCUCCGUCCUUGUUCAGAGCAUGGGCCAAGUGUCCUCUAUGUCCUCCAUUUAUAUGGACAAACUGAAAACAGUGAGCUUGGUGGUGAAGCACAGUCAGAGUGCUGAGGCGCUUGUGAAGGCCUACGAAUCCAAACUCUACGAGGAAGAUGCCAUGAACUCUGAUGUCAAGUCCAUUGAGGCGGUCAUUUCAACACUGAAGCAAUGGCGGACAGAGAUCGACGAGCAGCAGGAGGUGUUUCAUGACAUGGAGGACGAGCUGCAGAAAGCGCGAGUCGUCAGCGAACGCAUGUUCAAGGCGCACAACGAACGUGACUUUGACCUGGACUGGCACAAGGAGAAGGCCGAUCAGCUGAGUGAGAGAUGGCAGAACAUUCACUCCCAGAUUGACAGCAGGCUAAGGGACCUGGAUGGUAUCGGCAAAUCAUUGAAACACUACAGAGACUCCUUCAGUAAUCUCGAUGAAUGGGCGAGAGAAAUGGAAGCAUCCCAGCUGAAGGCCCAAGAAAACAAACCUGAAGAUAGCAAGGCGCUGGCUGAGCUGUUAAACACACAGAAGGUCCUUGUCGCUGAAAUCGAACAGAAACAAGGCAGAAUUGACGAGUGUCAGAAGUACUCUGAGCAUUACUCGUCCUCCAUUAAGGAUUAUGAACUUCAGCUGAUGACCUUCAGAGCGAUGGUCGAUUCCCAGCACAAAUCCCCUCUGAAGAAACGGAGGAUGCAGAGCUGUUCUGAUUCCAUUCAGCAGGAGUUCAUGGAUCUCCGAACACGCUACACCGCUCUGGUUACCCUCAUGACGCAGUAUGUGAAGUUUGCAAGUGAGACGCUGAAGAGAACGGAAGAAGAGGAGAGGUCUGUUGAUGAGGAGAAGAGAGAGCAUGGUGAUAAAGUUAGCAAACUAUUGCACUGGAUGUCCAAUGUGAAACAGACUUCAAACAAUGGUGGAAAUGCCCAGAAAGAUAGCAAUGCCAACACAGACGCUUCUAAUAAGCCCCAGGUGUCAGUGGAAGAAAUGGUCACUAAGAAGGAACAAAUUGCAGAAGCAUUGAGAGCCACCCAAAUGAUGCUGAACAAACACAGUGACAAGAUGACAGAAGAGGAAAGAGAAAAGGCCCAGGAGCAGCUGAAGACGCUGAAUCAGGCGUACAGUGAACUCUCUCAACAUUGUUCGGAUCAGACGUCCUCUGCAGAAGAGGAUUCUAACUCCAGUGAUGCUAAGCUUGUAACUGUACCCACAAGUGUCCCGAUGGAUGUCAUGCCUGGAGUUUCCCCUCCAAAGACUGAGACCUCCAACCUCUCUAAGUCCAACCAGCCUGUGUGUCUGACCUCUGACGAUGCGUUCAAACAACAUGACGUUUAUAAAUCCAACCUGAACCAUUCCCCAAAGUUGAAUGAAGCAGACAAGUGCAUACAGGGUUCACACAUCACUUCUGUGUCUCUCUCUGAUAUAACGUCGGCGAGGGAAGGGGCCACAUGUAACGACCCGAUCAUUAAACUGAUAGAUAUCAAACAGGUCGGUGAUGGAGUGGAGGUGUGCUACAGCGGGGACACACUGUCCCUGGAGGGGGCGUUUCAGUCUGGUGUAAUACCUGCCUCCGUCUAUGUAGAGAUUCUUCAGAAGCAAAAGAGCCGUCAUGAUGUGAUGGAUUUGAGCUCUACCGCAGAUCAGACACCCCUAGAUGUGCAGGAGGUUGAGGCUAGUGAAGUCAACAGUCUGAUAUUAAAGUGCCUCAGCAGAAAUAAAUCACUGACACCAGGAAGGAGUAUUCACACCCUCAGCUCAUCUGGCGAGGCUUCAAGUGAUCGGGAGAACAUGUCGAGGCCGUCGGGUGCUGAGGUGGAUGUAGCUGACUUCAAAGAAAGUCAAGAUGUGCCAGAGGAUGUUAUGAGUAGUAUAUCAAACCUCCAGAAUGCCGAUAGACUGAAGGUGGAUGCAGCGGUUCAGUGCGAUAUGAUGAGCUCAAGCAGCACACUCAUAGUACUCAGGAAUCAGCAGUUUGUUGGACUUGUGUUGCCUCCCUUUGGGGAAAACCAAACAGUGUCUGAAUCAUUCCUGCGUAGUCAACAACAAAUCACCACAGACAAGUUUACAAGCAGAUGGUUUAGCGAUCGGAGCAAAAUAGCAGCUUUUUACAUUCCAGAAAACUCCGAGGUGGUCGAUAUCGACUCUGCCGUCCAGCAUGGUUUUAUCGACUGCUUUACAGCAGAGGUUUUGAAAUCUAUAGAAAUCCCUGAUGUGUUCCCUGAUGUGGAUGAACUUAAUGAGAAGUUUUCAUCUUGGCUCAUGUAUAAAAAACUCACACUUGAUGGAUGCUGUAAUGCUGCGGAUGUUUCAAGUGUAGAAAACAUCCCGACUACAGCUGAGGCCGAGCAGCUGUUCAUCUCCUACCUAAUGUUGAACAGUUACAUUGACCCAAACACAGGACGGAGGGUUCUCAUACUCGACACACAGCUCAGUCAGAUGGUUCAAAUCUUUCUCCGGGAUUCAACAUUUUCUGAAAACGCUGAGAAAAAUGUAACCUCUUUGACUUUAGAUGUCGGUCAUCAAUCAGACGUGGUCGGUUUGGAGAGCCCGUUGCACAUAAAUGAGGAAACAGAGGAGAUGAUGAAAUACACACAAGACACAUUUGCUCCUCCUUAUCUCGUCUCCUCUGCCAAUGGAAGAAUUUCAUUUGAAGAAAAAAUAUAUGCAAAUGACGAGGCACUAAAACAGCAUCCGCUCAGAGAUUUUUUAGUUUGUAAUGACACUGAUAUGGAAAACGCAGAGCCUGAAGAAGCAGAUGAAACCGUGUGUCAAAGCUGGACAAAGUCAGGAGAAUCCGCAGAGAGACUUUUUGAAAAUACUUUACAACAUGAUAGCGUUGGAGGCGACUGUGAAGGUGACGAAGUUCCUUCUCUUCCAGACAUUUCAGACUCAUCAUCGUUAGGGAUGUUUGACUGUGAAAUGACUGUGAAAUCCUUCCACCAAACAAUCACCUACACCCACGACGCUGACUCACUUUGCAGUGAAUCAGAGAAAGUAGAUUUCAGCCAGGCUGACUUUUUUUGUUCGGAGGACUUUUCGGAGGCUGAAAAUGAGCAAGACUACGUGGUUCAUCUUCUAAAAGCAGAAAUAGAGGAAGUGUCUGUUGUAGAUGUCACCUCUGGGAGACAUAAACUAGAGGAACUGGAGGAAGCUCCCGGUGAGCGAAUGGUUGAAGAGAUGAAAAAACUGCUUCAGAUGGAUUCAGAUGAAGAAGACGUUAUUGUGGAAGAUGAGGAGAGCACAAUGUUUGAUUCAAAACAGGCAGACUCAGAUUUUAGCAUAUCCUCAAAUACACUUCUUUCCAUGGGUACAGAGAAGAACCUUUUGGGGACAAGUUGCACCAAUAGUUUCAGUGAGUCAUUGAAGUCAGAAUUGGUCGAAGAUGACCGCAAAACAAACAUUUAUCAAGAAGAGAGCAGCGCUCAUUUCAUUCCUGAUGAUCACAAUCUGGGCUCUAAUAUUAUUAAUGAAGCUGAAAGCACACCGGAGCCGGUCGAGAGGAAGGUUGCUGUCCUUGUGCUUAAUCUGACCAAUCAGGAAGCUAAUAUCAAAGAGAUGGAGAGUGAGAGUGGAGAUGCAGAGGUGGAUUGGGAGACAACAGGAAACGUAGAUAAGAUGAGUAAUUCUCCACAUCGUUCCCCUCCCUCGGUCGGUGCUCAUGAGACCGCGAUGAUCUCACCCUCGUUGUGGCGUCAGGUUACUGCGGAGUGCGUUCAUCACGCUGAGGGAGAGCAUUUACCGGCCGAAGACGAUGACUCACAGGGUGCAAUCAAUCUGAUGGACACAGCUGAUGAAUCAAGCGCUGUGAUAGAAAACUCUGCUACAGCUACACAGUCACGUCCAGCUCGUCUGAGUGACAGGAUUAGUCCUGAAGUUCAAUAUUCAGCAUCUGCUAAUUCAGAAUCUGACAUUUCUACCACUGAUAAUGAGUGUUUCAUCGUUGGGUAUGAUGUCGAAAUGGGAAACCAGACAAUAGGCGAAAGCGAAUUAGACAUUUCUUCAUCGCAUCGCAAUGUGUUUCUCGGGGAAAGUCAAAUUGAGAACGACACAUGUACAGUUCGGUCACCUUUGGACACCGAGCCAACUUUAAGUGGAGAUUACUCAUCGCUCGGGGCUUUGGUUGAGAGUGCAGUCGUUUCUGUCUCCAGGGGUACUUGUAACAAUGAUGACAACAUUGCAAAAGAUGGCAGCAGAACAGCAUUACCUCAGCAGGCAGCACUUGAUUCAGAAAGCGAAUUAAGUGUUGAAACUGAGCCACAAUGUUCUCAUAACGGCCCGGGUAUGUUUGUUCAGAGAUCUCCUCAGUCUCCUGUUGUUUUUGAUGAAGAGGCUUCAACCAAUACAACCAGUCUGAAGUGUUUUAAUGUACAGGAUUCAGAAGGUUACACUCUUUUGUCAGGUUCACACGGCAUUGAGUUAAGCCCACACAGUCUUCCCCAAGAGAGGCAACACAGGGACAUACUUCCAGAUUCCAGUGACAUGAAUCAGAUCUCUUUGUCAAUGAAUACACAAAUGCCAAAGGCAGAAGAUAAACUAAAUGCAGAUAUCGGUGCAGAGAUGAAUCCAGGAAUGUCUGAAAGUGUAAUGGGUGUAGGAUUAGGAUCUGAUAUUCAAUCAAAGGAAUUAAAAUCAGAUCAAUGUGCUGCUGAGCAUCACCAGGAAGCUGCUGAUUUCCUGUCAGAGAGCUGCAGUACAUCUUCAGCUCCAUCUUUGUUUUCUGAGGCUGUAAGGACAUGUUCAGAUGACCCGGAGGUAUUGCUUGAAGCGAUUAGUGUCAGUGAUUUGCAAAAGGCACAAACACAAGACAGUGACUGCACGAUUGCUAUAAUUGCAAAUACUCCACAAAAUACAGACGAAGAGAGAGACACAUUGCACGGACUUAUAGAGAGCGCUCAACCCGAUCUCCUCAUGGACCUGCUGAAGCAAAAUGCCCCCGAUGUGAGCAACAAAGAAGGGGGAAGCUCGGAGCUGAUCCUGCAGGGGGACAAAGACGGUGAGAAGACAGAAAAGUCUGAGGCUCCAAACAUCCAGCUGCAGCUGCUGGAGGUUCUCAAGUCUGUUUCCUCGAGCCAAGACCUGUCGAUGCUUCAGGAAGUGAUGGACACGCUGAACUCUGCUCUGGGGGGGGAUUCUCAGGAGGAGCGGAGGCACAUACUGGAGAGCAUCAAGGAGGAGAGCUCAGGGGGGGAAGAUGAGGGAUCGGAAGGGGGUGACUGUCAAUCUGCUGCGACAAGUCACCGAUCGUCUCCUCAGUCGCCCGUCCGGUCAGAUACCUGCAAAGUAGAGGAAGUCAAAAACAAGCUGUACUCAAUCCAGGAUUACUUGGAGUGUGUGGGGAGACUUCAGGAUCACGCUGAUGUUUUAGAUGAUGUCGGAAAUGACCUUUUAAUGCAGGCUCCUCUGGGUAACCACAUGGAAGAACUGCAGAUCCAAAUAGAGGAAUGUCAGUCUCUGGAGUCCCAGCUUUCUAAACUGGCUGGUGUCCUGACAGCUGAUUUUGAGAAAGCCAAACAGCUCAUGAAUUCUGCUGAUGAGGGCGUUCCCAUACAGAUCCAACAAGAUUUGGCCUCCACAUAUAUGGAGCUGGAGCCUAACUUUAGGGCUGUUUCACAGAUGUGUGCAGACAGGGGUCACUCCCUGAUUCAGGCGAUGGAAGCAGGAAAGGUACAUUUGGAGUCAACUUACCAGAAGCAUCUCAGUGAUCUUAAGGAGUUAGCAGGCAUCAUCCAACACAGCUCUGAGAUGAAUGACAGGGAUUUGAACACAUGUGAUGUGGAGUUACUGAAAGAUUUAAUUCAACAGAACAGGGACACUGAGAGCAAUCUGCAGAAAGAAGCUCGACUCAAGUUAGAGGACAUCACAUUCGAAAUCCAGUGCUUUAUUUCUGAGCAUGCUCAGUUCCUGAGUCCGGCUCAGAGCAGCUGCCUCCUAAAGUUCCUCAGCAGCACUCAGAGAGCAUUCAGGGAGCAGACCGACAGACUUCUUACCCAGAGGAGCGACCUAGAGGUCCUUCUGGACACCUGGGAGAAAGAGAACCAGCAGAAGUCCUUGCAGGAGAAACACAAGGAAUUCACAGAUAAGUUGGAGGAAGUGUGUGAUAACCUCACCCUGACAGAAAACCACCUGAUUGGUCACCAGCAACAGGCUGAACAUGCAGAGAGCGUCACAGACCUGCAGCAGUACCAACAGGAACAUCAGAAUCUGCAAAAAGAUGUGUUGACCAACGCCAGUGCCUUAAAUGAAGUCAUCACCAGUACCAAAAAAUUUCUGGAGGAAAACCGCAACAAGCUGACGCCGGAUGAAAUCGCCGUCAUUGAGAGCAAGUUAGAGGAGGCUAAAAGCAAAGCGAAGGUCAUCGACCAGCGGGCCGAAGAGUCCAGGAAAGAUCUGGAGAAGGUUGUUACCACGGCUAUAAAACAGGAGAGUGAAAAGGCCGCAGCUGUUGAGCGCCUUGAAGAAAGUAAGAACAAAAUCGAGGGUCUUCUGGACUGGAUAUCAAACAUAGGGAAUCAAAACGAGAACGGUCUGGUUCAAACUGACCAUGUAAGUAAAGAGAACGGAAACCUGCCUGAAGAAACCUCAGCUCAGGGACUGAUAGGAGACGAUGACGAUGCCAACGGAAACGCAUUACAGACCUCUGAAAUGGACGUCGACGGAGAGACCAGUGACAAGAAAGACGCCUCUCUGGAUCUCGAUAAGCAAUAUGACAGAGUCAAGGCCCGUCAUCAGGAGAUCCUGUCCCAGCAGCAGGAUCUGAUCAUGGCCACACAAUCAGCUCAGGCUCUCCUCGACAAACAAGCAGACGUGCUGUCUCCGCAGGAGAAGGAGAAACUCCAGAAGAACAUCCAGGAGCUGAAGGGGCGCUACGACGCCUCGCUGACGCAGGCCGAGCAGCAGAUGAAGCAGGUGCAGUGUGUGCAGGAGGAGCUGAAGAAGUUCCAGGAUGACACUGAGGAGUUCGAGGGCUGGUUGGGCCAGGCGGAGGGUGAAGUGGACGAGCUGGGAGCCCCUGCUAGUUCCCUAAAUAUCCUCUCUGAUAAACUCCUGCGACAGAAAAGCUUCUCAGAAGAUGUGAUCUCGCACAAAGGGGACCUUCGCUUUAUCACCAUUUCAGGACAGAAAGUUCUGGAUGUGGCUAAAGCUUGUGGACUAAACGACCCUGCAGCUAAAAGUGCUCAGCUGAACGUGGAUACUUCAGGAACCUGUUCUGCUGUCAAGGACAAGUUGGACUCAGCAGCCAGCAGAUACAAAACACUCCAUUCAAAGUGCAAUCAGCUUGGCGACAACCUCAAAGACGUGGUGGACAAAUACAAGAAGUACGACGAGUCGAGCGCCGGUCUUUUGACGUGGCUCAACAGCUCAGAGGAGGAGGCGAGAAAUCAGCAAUCAGAGGCCAUCGCAGCCGAGCCACAAACACUACAGAAACAGCUGGAGGACACCAAGGCCCUUCAAGGUCAGAUGACGGGACAUCAGACGGCGAUUGACACACUUCGCAAAACAGCUGAGUCUUUGAUAACUUCUGAGGGAGACCUGCUGAGCAACUCAGAUGAGAUCCAGGAGACAGUAGAUGACAUCGUGGAGCGCUAUGACAACGUGUCUAAGUCUGUAAGUGACCGCAAUGAGAAACUGCAGAUCACCCUGACUCGCUCCAUGAGUGUCCAGGACGGUUUGGACGAGAUGAUCGGAUGGAUGGAGGGAGUGGAGGCCAGUGUGAAGGAGACGGGAACAAUUCCUCUGGACUCUGCAUCCCUAGGAGACAUCCUCAGCAAAGAAGCAGCCUUAGAGCAGGACAUAGCAAGUCGACAGAGCAGCGUCUCAACCAUGAAAGCCAAAGUGAAGAAGUUUGUGGAGACGGCAGAUCCCUCCGCUGCCGCCCUCCUGCAGUCUAAGAUGGACGCUCUCUCCCAGCGCUUCACGGACGCCUGUGACAAGCACAAGCAGAAAGUCACGCAGCUCGAGGAGCUGAAGGAGAAGGUGGACCAGUUUGAGGAGGUCGCAGAUAAAGUGCAGCAGUUUGUUGUGAAGCGCACACAAGCUCUGAACGAGACGGACGGGCCGGGGAAAACCUUCGAUGAAGUGUCUCAGCUCAUGCAGAACACCAAAGCUGAGAUGGCAGAGCAUGCCGGUGAUUUGGAGAAGCUGCAGACGCUCUCCAAGGAGCUUUCUGAAAUCAGCUCUGAUGGGAACAAAUCCCAGAUCCAGAACAGGAUGGACAAUCUCUCAAAUACUUUCAACACCUUCAAAGACACUGUCAAAGAAAAGGAAGAGGAGGUAUCAUCCUGUCAGGACCAGCUUGGAGAGUUCAGAUCUGCUGCUGGCGCUCUCACAAAGUGGCUGGAGGAGACCAAUGAGAAAGUACCUGCGGUUCACGCGGGCGUCAGCGUGAAGACUCUGGAGAAGGACCUGCACAUUGUAACUGGAUUAUUGGAUGAAUGGACGUCCAAAGACCCUGCUGUCAAAGACCUGAACAGUAAAGGAUCGGAGCUCUGCAACCUUAUUACCGUCCUCACAUCCCCUGCCAAGACAAAGACCUCUAACAAGUCGGCUCUUACUAAUGGUGGUGGUCCAGGAAGCCAUUCCUACCUAACCAAUAAAGAGCUGAUGGUUAUUCAGCAGAACAUAUCAUAUGUCAACGAGGGAUACACGAGCCUCGGGGAAAAGUUGAAGAGUCGAGCGGCAGAGUUGAGUAGUUCAGUGGAGGAGGUGAAAGAUGCCCAAAAGGAGACAGAGGACAUGAUGACGUGGCUGAAGGACAUGAAAAAGACCGCAGCCUCAUGGAACAGUGCCCCAACAGAGAAGGAUUCAGUGAAAACACAGCUUGAACAGCAGAAGGAAUGUGAGGAUGGCAUGAAGCAAAAGCGGGAGCAGCUCCAGAAGCUCAGAGAGAAGCUCCUCAACUUGAUUAAGACUCACCCAAACUCCCCCGAGGCAGCCAAAUGGAAGCAGAUGCUUGCAGAAAUAGAUGCUGCUUGGGCAGAUAUCAGCGGCUCCGUAGAGGAGAGGAAGCAGCACCUGGAGCAGUCCAACAAGAACCUGGACGUCUUCCAAACAACUGAGCUGCAGCUUGGUCAGUGGCUUUCAGAAAAGGAGAUGAUGAUGAGUGUCCUUGGACCCCUCUCGAUAGACCCCAACAUGCUGAAGAUGCAGAAGCAACAGGUUCAGAUCCUCCAGAACGAGUUUAAGAGCCGCCAACCUCAAUAUGAGCGACUCCAGGAAACCGCUACGGCCAUCCUGAGCUCAUCAGCCAACCAGGACCCCUCAAGUGGGAAGCUGGUGAAGGAGCAGCUCGCUAACGUAUCCCAGAAAUGGCAAGGCCUCACGGGACAGCUGGACCAGAGAGACGGCCUGAUCGACCAGGCCGUGGUGAAGACGGGGCAGUUCCAGGAGUUACUGAGGAGCAUCAGUCAAACGGCCGCUCAGUUGGAGAAUCAGCUCACCAACCAUCAGGGCAACAGCACCCAGCCCGACGCUGUGAAGAAGCAGUUAGAGGACGUCCAAAACAUCUCCUCUCAACUGAGAGAGGAGAGAAAGAAGCUGAAGGAGGCCGAGGCAGUCAACGGCGAGCUCACAGCGAUGGUGACUGAGGACUAUCUCAAAGCAGACUUAGCCAGGCAGCUGGAGAGUGUCAGCAAACCUUUCAAACAAUUGGAAGAGAAAGCAGCAAAACGUGUCGAGCAGCUCAACUCAACCUUUGCCAGCUCCCAGCAGUUCCACCAGACCUCCAAAGACUUCCACUCGUGGCUGGACCAGAAGCUUCAGGAUCAGUCAAAGCCCCAGUCCAUCUCUUCUAAAGCAGACGUUCUGCAAAAUACCCUGGAGGAGCACAGCAGUUUCAAGAAGGCUCUCGGUGAACACGAGGGAGCUUAUUCCACCAUCAUCGGGGAAGGGGAGAUGCUUCUGAAGAACACCGAGGGUGCCGAGAAGUUGGCACUUCAAGGGCAGCUUUCGACGCUCUCUUCUAACUGGGAGGAGGUGAAGAAGAACUCGGUGGAACAGGCCGACAAACUCCAGACGGCCCUGCAGAGGUCUCUGAAGUUUCAGGAGCAUGCAGAGAAGCUCGGCUCUUGGAUUCAGGAGUGUGAAGCUAGUGAGGGCAAAGUGAAGCUCAACGUCGAUCCUGUGGCCGUGGAGAGCUCCAUCUCUCAGGUGAAAGCUCUGCUGAAAGAUGUAGACAAGCACAGAGGGAUGGUGGAGCAGCUCAACACGGCUGCGGAUACCCUUCUUGAGGUUGCCAACACAGACACUGACACCGUCAAAGAGGAGAAGGCCAGCAUUAACAAAAGAGUGGACAAUGUUGCAGAGGGUCUACAGAGCAAAAGGGAGUCCCUUGAGAAGCUCUCACAUACUGUUAAGGAAUUUAAUGACGCUUAUAAAGAGGCGAAGGGUCAGCUUGAGGGGGCAAAGAAGCAGGUGGAUGCUUAUGAAUCACAGGGAAUGCAGGCGCACAGCAACAAGAACCUGACCAACAUGAAAGCCCAACAGAAAAGUUUAGAGGGAGUGCAGAACCAGUUGGAGCACCUGAAGACCUUGGCCAAAGACCUAGUGGUAGAGAUCCCAGAUGCCGAUGGAGUGACAGACCUCUUACUGCAAGCAGACAGCGUGGAAAAAGACUACAGCACCCUCAACAAGAAACUAGAGGAGACGUGUCAAGUCCUGGAGGGUAAACUACAGGGAAUCGGCCAGUUCCAGAACAGCAUCCGCGAGAUGUUCACCCGCUUCACAGACCUGGACGAUGAGCUGGAUAGCAUGGCUCCGGUGGAUCUGGACUUGGCCACUCUGAAAGAACAGCAGGAGAGCAUUCAGAGCUUCGUGGCUAAGCUGCAAGAGCUAAUGGCCAACACAGCCAAUGCUGGAGACAGCUGUAAGAAAAUGCUUGAGAGUGAAAGCUCUCCUGACCUGUUGGGCCUGAAGAGAGACCUGGACGCUCUGAGUAAGCAGUGUGGUAAACUGCUGGACCGGGCCAAAGGCAGAGAGGUGCAGGUGCAGAGCACUCUCACCAAACUGGAGGAGUUGUACGAUAAACUCCACGUAUCAGAAGAUAAACUUACUAAGGCUGUCGACAAGGAGGCGUCCCAGGAGGCGGUUGGCAUGGAAACAGACGUCAUCAACCAACAGCUGGAGGCCUUUAAGGAUUUCCAGAAAGCAGACAUUGACCCAUUGCACACACAGCUUCAAGACAUCAACUCCCUCGGCCAGGGUCUGAUCCAAACUGCUGCUAAGGGCACCAGCACCAAGAAGCUUGAGGAUGACCUGGAGGAAGUCAACACAAAGUGGAAUACCCUCAACAAAAAGAUUGCUGAGCGCUCAGCCCAGCUGCACGAAGCCCUGCUGCGCUGUGGGAGGUUCCAGGAUGCUUUGGAGUCACUGCUCAGCUGGUUGACUGACACAGAGGAGCUGGUGGCCAAUCAGAAACCUCCGUCUGCAGAGUUCAAAGUCGUCAAAGCGCAGAUCCAAGAGCAGAAACUCUUACAGAGACUGCUGGAUGACCGAAAGCCAACAGUGGAGCUGAUAAAGAAAGAGGGAGGGAAGGUUGCAGAACUGGCCGAGUCUGUGGAUAAGGAGAAGGUUGCAAAAGAGAUCGAAUGCCUCGGGCAGAGGUGGGACAGUCUGCUGAAGAAGGCUGAAAACAGGCACAAGCAACUGGAGAGCAUCUUAGUGGUCACUCAGCAGUUCCAUGAGACCCUGGAGCCACUGAGCGAGUGGCUCGCAGCUACAGAGAAACAGCUGGCUAACUCUGAGCCCAUCGGCACCGAGACGUCAAAACUGGAAGAUCAGAUUUCUCAGCAUAAGGCCUUAGAGGAGGAGAUAAUGAAACACAGUAAAGACCUGUUUCAGGCCGUCAGUCUGGGUCAGAUGCUCAAAACUGUGAGCUCAGUGGACGAUAAGGAGUUUGUUCAGUCCAAACUGGACACCACCCAGGCCAGUUACAUAGAGCUCCAGGAGCGAUGCAGGAGGAAAGCCGAGAUGCUGCAGCAGGCUCUGGCUAACGCCCAGCUGUUUGGAGAGGACGAGGUGGACCUCAUGAACUGGCUCAACGAGGUCCACGUGAAGCUGAGCGAGGUGUCUGUGGAGGACUACAAAAUAAGUGUUCUUGAAAAGCAGCUGGCAGAACAACGGGCACUACAGAGUGAUAUUGAGUUGAGAAAGAAGAAUGUUGACCAGGCCAUCUCUAACGGGAUGGAGCUUCUGAAACAAUCAACAGGUGAUGAAGUUGUUGUAAUUCAAGGAAAACUGGACGGAAUCAAAACAAAGUACGCUGAGAUCAACUCUGUGAGUGACAAUGUUUUGAAGAAGCUGGAGAAGGUUCUGAACCUCUCCUCGAAGCUGCAGCACACUCAUGAGGAUCUGAGCUCCUGGCUGGAGAAAGUUGAGACUGAGACCAGAACGUUUGCUGAGCAGGAGCCAGUGGGAGAGCAGCUUGUUCAUGCACAAAGCAGGAAGAAGGACUUGCUGAAGGAGACCAAAGACAAAAAAUCCUCAAUGGACAAGCUGAAUGAGUUAAGCAGUUCUCUCCUGGAUCUGAUCCCCUGGCACGCUCGGGAGGGUCUGGACAAGCUGGUGACUGAGGAUAAUGAGCGAUACAGAGCCGUCUCUGACACCAUCAACCAGCAGGUCGACCAGAUCAAUGCUGAUAUACUCAAGUCACAGCAGUUUGAGCAGGCUGCAGACUCUGAACUCUCCUGGCUCACUGAGGCUGAGAAGAAGUUGCUCUCGAUGGGCGAGAUCAGGCUGGAGCAGGACCAAACCACAGCCCAGCUCCAAGCACAGAAGAUCUUCUCUAUGGACAUCAUGAGGCACAAAGACGCUGUGGAUGAUAUUGUAAAAACUGGAAAGGCCAUCAUGAACAGCAAAAACCCAGAGGAGAAAGAGAUGUUGAAGGCCAAGACCCAGACUCUCCUGGAGAAAUACGGUGUCGUCAGUCAGCUGAACUCAGAGCGCUGUCUGCAGCUGGAGCGUGCUCAGUCUCUGGCCAGUCAGUUCUGGGAGACCUACGAGGAGAUGUGGCCGUGGCUCCAGGAGACCUUGAGCACCUUCAGUCAGCUUCCUCUACCUGCCAUCGAGUACGAGGCGCUGAGGCAGCAGCAAGAGGAACUCAGGCAAAUGCGAGAGCUGAUCUCCGAGCACAAGCCUCACAUCGACAAGAUGAAUAAGACCGGACCUCAGUUACUCGAGCUCAGUCCAGUGGAGGGAGCGCCCAUCAGAGAGAAGUACACAGCAUCAGACAAACUGUACACCCAGCUCAAGGCUGAUGUCACUCAGAGAGCUGCUACUCUGGAUGAGGCCAUCUCCAAAUCUACACAGUUCCAUGAUAAAAUCGACCCGAUGCUGGAAUCCCUGGAGCGGAUAGCUGAGCGUCUGCGCCAGCCUCCGUCCAUCUCGGUGGAGCUGGACAAGAUCAAGGAGCAGAUUACAGAGAAUAAAUCCUUCUCUGUGGAUCUGGAGAAGCUGCAGCCGUCUUAUGGGACACUGAAGGAGCGUGGCGAGGAGAUGAUCGCUCGGUCUCGAGGAGCCGACGAGGACAUUUCAGCCAAAGCUGUUCAAGACAAACUGGACCAGAUGGUGUUCCUCUGGAGCGACAUCCAGGCCUUACUGGAGGAGCGGGAGGCUAAGCUGCUGGAUGUGAUGGACCUGGCAGACAAGUUCUGGUGCGACCACUGUGCUCUGAUCGUCACAAUCAAAGACAGCCAGGACCUGCUGAGGGAGCUGGAGGAGCCUGGCGUCGACCCGUCAGUCGUCAAACAGCAGCAGGAGUUUGUGGAGGGAUUCAAGGAGGAGAUCGAUGGGCUGCAGGAAGAACUUGAAGUGGUUCAAAACCAGGGUGCAGAGCUGAUGACCGCCUGCGGGGAACCUGAUAAACCUGUGAUAAAGAAAAGUCUCGAUGAGGUGAAUUCAGCGUGGGAAUAUCUCAAUAAGACGUGGAAGGAGAGAGUGGAGGGACUGGAGGAGGCCAUGCAGGCUGCUGUGCAGUUUCAGGAUGGCCUACAGGGUAUGUUCGACUGGGUGGACAUUCUUGAGAGCAAACUGGAUUCAAUGUCACCUGUAGGCACGGACCUGGAAACUGUCAAACAGCAGAUGGUCGAGCUCAAGGAGUUCAAAGGAGAGGCGUACCAGCUGCAAAUUGAGAUGGAGCGCCUGAACCACCAGGCAGGCCUCCUGCUGAAGAAGGUGACAGAGGAGGCGGAUCGCAGCGCCAUCCAGGAGCCAAUGUCCGAGCUCAAGAUGCUCUGGGACAACCUGGAUGAGAAGAUCAUCAGCAGACAGCACAAACUGGAGGGAGGCCUUCUGGCUCUGGGGCAGUUUCAGCACGCACUGGACGAGCUGCUGGCCUGGAUGAGCCACACCGAGGAGCUUCUGAACGAGCAGAGGAAGGCAGGAGGAGACCCCAAAGCCAUCGAGAUAGAGCUCGCCAAGCACCAUGUUCUCCAAAAUGACGUUUUGGCUCACAAGGCGACGGUUGAGACAGUCAAUAAAGCCGGUACUGAUCUGGUGGAGUCCAGUGCUGGAGAGGAAGCUUCCAGUCUUCAGAGCAAGCUGGAAAACCUGAACCAGCGGUGGAAAGCCAUCCUGGAGAAGACGACGCAGAGGAAGCAGCAACUGGAGAGUUCUCUGCUUCAGGCCCAAGGUUUCCAUGGUGAGAUAGAAGAUAUGCAGCAAUGGCUGAAAGACACAGAACGUCAGCUGUUGGCAUCAAAGGCUGUGGGAGGCUUACCAGACACGGCCCGGGAGCAGCUUAACGCCCAUCUGGAGUUGUGUUCUGCCUUGGAGGUGAAGGAGGAGCUGUAUCAGGAGCUGAUGAACAAGGGUCAGCAGCUGCUCGCCGUGACGCCCGAGGGCUCCGACAGCAACACGGAGCAGGACCUCGGCAACCUCAAGGACAAAUGGGAGGCUGUGCAGGGGAAGGUCGCUGAGAGAAAGGUGAAACUAGAGGAAGCCUUGACGUUGGCGACAGAUUUCCACAACUCUCUCCAGGACUUCAUCAACUGGCUCACACAGGCGGAGCAGACGCUGAACAUGGUGUCGCCCGCCUCCCUCAUGCUGGAGACCAUCAUGUUUCAGAUCGAUGAGCACAAGAUGUUUGUGACCGAGGUGAACUCCCACAGGGAGCACAUCAUCGAGCUGGAUAAGACGGGCACACAUUUGAAAUACUUCAGCCAGAAACAGGAUGUGGUCCUGAUCAAGAACCUGCUGCUCAGCGUGCAGGGCCGCUGGGAGAAGCUGGUGCAGCGUUCUGUUGAGCGCGGCCGUCUGCUGGACGAUGCCAGGAAGAGAGCGAAACAGUUCCACGAGACUUGGAACAAACUGAUGGAGUGGCUGGACGAGUCCGAGAAGACGCUGGACUCGGAAGUGGAAAUUGCCAACGAUCCGGACAAAAUUAAGACUCAGCUGACGCAACACAAGGAGUUCCAACGAGCCCUGGGCAGCAAACACUCCGUGUACGACACCACCUCUCGAACAGGGCGGGCCCUGAAGGACAAGACCUCCCUCCAGGAUGAUAAUCAGAAGCUGGACGACAUGCUGAGCGAGCUGAGGGACAAGUGGGACACUGUUUGUGGGAAGUCAGUAGAAAGGCAAAACAAACUAGAGGAGGCCUUGUUGUUCUCAGGCCAGUUCACCGACGCUCUCCAGGCUCUCAUUGACUGGCUGUACAGAGUGGAACCUCAGAUGGCUGAGGACCAGCCCGUACAUGGAGACAUAGACCUGGUUCUCAACCUGAUUGACAACCACAAGGUUUUCCAGAAGGAGUUGGGAAAGCGGACGGUAGGCGUUCAGGCCCUCAAACGAUCGGCGAGGGAGCUGAUAGAGAACACCAGCGAUGACUCGUCCUGGGUCAAAGUCCAGAUGCAGGAGCUGAGCACUCGCUGGGAGACGGUGUGCAACCUCUCUGUGUCCAAACAGGCCCGGCUGGAGCAGGCUCUGUGUCAGGCUGAGGAGUUUCACUCUACUGUUCACAUCCUGCUGGAGUGGCUGGCUGAGGCAGAGCAGAGUCUGCGUUUCCAUGGCAGCCUGCCUGACGAUGAGGAGGCUCUGCAGGCGCUCAUCGAACAACACAAGGAGUUCAUGAAGAAACUGGAAGAAAAGCGAGUGGCUCUAAAUAAAGCGACCAGUAUGGGGGAGGCUAUUCUGACCAUCUGCCAUCCAGACUCUAUCACAACCAUCAAACACUGGAACACCAUCAUUAAGGCCCGGUUUGAAGAGGUGCAGGCUUGGGCCAGGCAGCACCAGCAGCGACUGGCCACGGCUCUCACCGAGCUGUUAACCACUCAGGACCUGCUGGAGAAUCUGCUGACCUGGCUGCAGUGGGCCGAGACCAACCUCAACAACAAGGACAAAGAGGUGCUGCCGCAGGAGCUCGAGGAGGUCAAAAGCCUCAUAGCAGAUCACCAGGCUUUCAUGGAGGAAAUGACCAGGAAGCAACCAGAUGUUGACACAAUCACAAAGACACACAAAAGGAAGGCUGCCCCCGAGCCCCAGAUCCAGUCUCACAUCCCCGUGCUCGGCAAAGGAAGACCUGGAAGAAAACGUUCUCCGACACAAACAAUGUAUGCGUCAGCAACACAACCUCCCAUUGAGACCAAAAACCCCAGAGUGAACCUGCUGGUCACUAAGUGGCAGCACGUGUGGCUGCUCGCUUUGGACCGCAGGAGGAAACUCAACGAUGCUUUGGACAGACUGGAGGAGUUGAAGGAAUUUGCCAACUUUGACUUUGAUGUGUGGCGGAAGCGCUACAUGCGCUGGAUGAACCAUAAAAAGUCCCGCGUCAUGGACUUCUUCCGUCGCAUCGAUAAAGAUCAAGAUGGCAAAGUGACGCGACAGGAGUUCAUAGAGGGCAUUCUCUCCUCCAAAUUCCCCACCAGUCGUCUGGAGAUGAGCGCUGUGGCAGACAUAUUCGACAGAGACGGCGACGGCUACAUCGACUACUACGAGUUCGUGGCAGCCCUUCAUCCCAACAAGGACGCCUACAAACCUCUAACAGACGCCGACAAAAUUGAAGAUGAGGUUACACGUCAAGUAGCAAAAUGCAAAUGUCCAAAACGAUUCCAAGUGGAGCAAAUUGGUGCCAACAAAUACCGGUUCUACCUUGGAAACCAGUUUGGUCUGGUUCACUGCUUACAUGACUCCUUAAUCGGCGAUGAGACAAUAGCAAACAGGGAAAAUCAAAAUCAUGCCCCCAACCUACACGUUGCCGUUUUGGAAAGCUGUAUUCUGUUUGGAGACUCUCAGCAGCUCCGGCUGGUACGGAUCUUGCGCAGCACUGUGAUGGUGCGGGUGGGAGGAGGCUGGAUGGCUCUGGAUGAGUUCUUGGUAAAGAACGAUCCCUGUCGAGUUCAUCACCACGGGAGCAAAAUGUUGCGCUCGGAAUCAAACUCUUCAAUUACUCAGUCUCCUAUAGGUUGGCAAAUCUCACAAUAUCUCACCAUGCUCCAUGAACCCACCCACAGUGCUAAAGGCAGGACCAACAUGGAGCUGCGAGAGAAGUUCAUCCUCCCAGAAGGCACCACUCAGGUGAUGGCGAGCUUCCGCUACCGAGGCCGCAGAUCUCGCCCGUCGUCCAGAGGAGCUUCUCCCACCAGAUCCAUGUCAAGUCAGAGCUGCCCCGUCCCCGCACACCAAGCAGCGAUCGCCAGCGUCAAGACUCCCCAACACAUUACCCGCAAUUAUGAUAAGCCCUGGCUUACAAACAGCAAACCCUCCACUCCUCUUAAAUCAUCAGACUCCUUUGGGAGCCAGGGUUCAUCCUCAGAGGGUACGCCGGUUCAAGGCAGUAAAUUACGCCUGCCUGGGUUCAUGUCAGGUAAAGGAUUUCAGUCGGGCGAAGAGGGAACGCUGAUCAGCGCCGCUGUACUGAAAGCUCGAGCAGGUGAGUCGAGAAAGAACUCCAGCCGACCUGGAAGUAAAGCAGGAAGCAGAGGGAGCAGUCGCAGAGGGAGCGACGCCUCUGACUUUGACAUCUCGGACAUCCAGUCCGUGUGCUCAGACGCGUCCGAAACAGUCGGCGACUCGGCCCGAGCGACGCCGCGUUCUGCGUCGCGACAACGCGGAGGCAAACCCUCCAAGAUCCCCACUCCUCAGAGAAAAACCACUCCCACGAGCAAACUGGCCAAGGGAUCCAAGCGAUAGUCAGUGGCCUUGAAAAACACAAAACCCAGGAGCUAGUUGCACCCUAAACACGUGAUGGACACUGGAGAUAUCUAACUUAAAGACUGCAAUUGUGUUGAGUGUUAUUUAAAUUGUUGCGAAGAUGUAAAAUAUUCUGUUGAGAGGAAAUAUGGUUUAAUAUUUUGUGAGAAUGGAACGUCAAUGGCCUUUUGUUUUUAAUGUAUUUUAUUUUCUGUGAAAAAUGUCAAAUUGUUUUUAUCGUAUUUUAUUUUAUUGAUGAUGAACCCGUAGAGGUUUGACGAACACUAGAAAAUCUUGGGAUGACUACACCGCACGGUUAGCUAACAUUUCUAAACACACUAAUGAAGGGCAACACGCAGGAUAGCGCUCUGAAAGUUACUGAAUGUACUGUAAUUUAUGUUGGCUCAUGUUUCGGAGUAGAUGGUGCAUUAUGGUACCAUUUGAGACACUGCAAUUAUCUAUUUAAGUGCUAUGAUAUACUGCCACCACGCAUUUAAAGGGCAAUGCAAUAUACUACAAUAAACCCCAGUAAGCACUGCAGAAACCUUUGAAAACACUAUUUAAGGCAAGUAGCAGCAACCUCGUAACCAUGACGCUUUGAAGUCCUGUUUGUUUGUGAGCAGCUGAAGUCCCUGUUUUGUUUGGCCACUUCACAGCAGUGUGUUCAUUGACCUUUAAAAGGUGCCACUCCAUGUAGACAUUCUAUUGUGCAUCCAUGUCAAUGUAUGGUUAAUUUCGGUAGAGCUGAAAUUGUUACUGUAACAUUACUUUGUAAUAAACCUGCUUGCAGCAAACCACCAGAAACUGGUGGAGACCACA